UUCUCAAUAACAGAGGCGAACUGCAUCGCUGCAAGACCGAAGUAAACCUUCAUCGGAACAAAAUUUGCACCGUCCAUAUCCCAUUGACCACCCUAAAUUUUGGUUUUAUCAGCGGUCCACAACGCAUCAGGAAACAAGGAGAUUGCUCCCUUCACUCCGCUAAUUUGGCCUCUCUCUCCCCUCAAAACCCUGGCUAGGGUUUUUCUACCGAUUUUGAUUUUUCUGCAGCAGUGGUUUCUGCAGGGAUUUCCUUGAUUUUUUAGGUUUAGUUUUAUGUAAUUUCACAACAAGUGCGACUACUAUGACUGAGAUACCGGCCAAGAAGCAGAAGGGGCUAAUCAGUGAAGGAGAUAUCUUCACUCUCUUGCAAAGGUACAGUGCUACUGCUUUGCUGGCAUUGCUUCAAGAGGUAGCGCAGUCUCCGGAAGUGAAAAUUGAUUGGGAGGCAUUGGUUAAGAAGACAUCUACGGGGAUCUCUAAUGCAAGGGAGUACCAGAUGCUAUGGCGGCAUUUAGCUUAUUGUCAUCCUAUGCUCGAUAAAUUGGACGAUGUGGCUCAACCUUUGGAUGAUGAUAGUGAUCUAGAAUAUGAAGUAGAAGCUUUCCCUGAUGUUAGUAGUGAAGCUUCGACAGAGGCUGCAGCAUGUGUCAAGGUGCUGAUUGCUUCAGGUUUUCCAAGGGAUUCUAGUCUCUCAGACAGCUCCACAGUUGAGGCUCCAUUAACUAUAAAUCUACCUAAUGGCCACUGCCAGUUACCUAGAGCUACUUCAGAUACAACGCAACCUGCUGGUCCAAUGCCAGGGGUGAACAUCACCAUUCCAGUUUCUGUUCAGAAACAGCCCCUACCUACAGUGCCAUCUGCUGGAGUUUCAGAUUUAAACAGAACAGGGAUCCGUGGUUCAAAAAGGGCAAGAAAACAAUGGUCAAAAGAAGAGGACAAUGAACUGAUGGAGGCUGUGAGGAAAUGUGGUGAAGGGAAUUGGGCAAAUAUUAUCAGAGGAGAUUUCAAUAUUGAUAGAACUGCCUCACAACUAUCUCAGAGGUGGGCCACUAUCAGGAGGCGCAAAGGAAACUUGAGCAAUGGAGUCAACUCAAACGGCUCACAACUUUCUGAGGCUAUGAAAGCAGCCCGCCAUGCCCUGGAUAUCCCUGAAAAAAUGAACUUAAUGGCAGCUACAAAUAACUCUGGGACAGCUGGGACAUCUUUGAACUCGUCGUCUCAUAAAUCUGGGCCUGCAACGACCAUUGCUGAAGCUUCUCCUGGCAGUGGCUGCUCUACACAUGCCCAAGGCCAAUCUCAACAAGGUGCUGUUCUGGCAAAAUUAUCUUCUGGGGGACCAGCUGCUUUUGCAGCAAAAUCACAAGUAACUACAAAGUUGUCAUCUCCAAAAUCUAAUCAUGGCUCAGACUCAAUACGAGCCACUGCUGUUGCUGUUGGGGCUCGCGUUGUCAGUCCGUCGGAUGCUGAUUCACUUAUGAAGGCUGCCAAGGCAAAGAACGCAGUUCAUAUCAUGUCUGCCACCCGGGCAGCUCAAGUUUCCACCUAUCCUACUGCCCCACCAAGUGCUUCACGCCCUGCUCCAGCAAAAGGUGCCCCAUCAGCAGCUGCUGCCACAUCAAUGAGCAUGCCAUCUGAACAGAUUAACCCUGCCACCUCCAGUAUGACCUCCAAACUUCAAACAAAGCCCCAAACUGCAGAGGAGAGAAAAGUUUGUGGAGCAAGCAAACUAACCGAAGGGAAAGUUUUGGACGAUGGACUUUGUCUCUCUCGGGGUGAACCAAGUAAGGAAGUACAAGAGGUGAAACCGGACUUGCCAAGUUCAGAAACAGAACUCAGAAGUCAAGCAGCUCAGCCUGAGAACCCUAAUAGUUCAUCAGACACAGAGAUGGCAGAGUGUAAACAAGAAGAGGUCACUGUCAAGCGACACGAAGAGAGUCCAAAUACAAAUGUUGAUGAUGUGAAGGGUUCCCCUGUUAAAGGUGAAAUUCAAUCUACAAUGCAGGAGAAUAGUAAUGAUAAUUGCUUCAUCGACAAGCGGGUGGAUUUGCCUAGCACUGUGGCCGAUGGCUGCAGUGAAAAGCAGGUUGUUUUAGGUAAAGCAGAGGCUGGCUGUCAAGUGUAGGAGAAGAAGGAUUUGCGUAUACCUAUGGAGUUCCCUUUGUUCUUACUCUGUUUCUGUUUUGCUGGCUUGUUCUAGGAAUUUGUGUAGUGCCAAUUAUAUAUAAUCUUGUGGUAAAUAGUAAAAUGAUUUCUUCUUCCUUA